AUGACAAUCACAAAGGCAGGCGUGAAAAUAAAAUACGAGAAGAUUCAAGCUUCCUUGGUAGUCAUUGAUCUCUCAAGCAAUAAGUUUGAUGGCUGCAUUCCAGGAAACAUUCAAAUUCUAAAGGCACUUCAAUUCCUCAACCUUUCUAACAAUUUUCUUUCGGGUCCAACUCCAUUAUCAUUAGCAAAUCUCACAAACCUCCAAGCUUUGGACCUUUCUCGGAACAAGCUCUCUAGAGAGAUCCCUCAGGAGCUAGUGCAACUCAAUUUCCUUGAAUUUUUUAAUUUGACCGGACCUAUACCGCAAGGCAAACAAUUUGGUACGUUUGAAAACUUAUUUGAGGGCAACCUAGGAUUAUAUGAGAAUCCAUUGUCAAAGAAAUGCUAUCCCGAAGGCUUAUCACCACCGCCGCCUUCAUUGUCAAAGAAAGAUGAUGGUGAAGAUUCAUGGCUUCAAUUUGGGUGGAAAGCGAUCAUGUUGGGAUAUGGAAGUGCGGUAGUGAGAUACCCCUUCAACCCGAUGAAACAUAAGUUGUUUAUCAAGUAUUUUAAAAGAAAGAUGCAGAAUCGAAGGAGGGGUAGGAUGAAUUAA